AUGAAGAAGCCUCAGAUCCUCGCGAUCCUCCUCGUCCUCGCUCUCGCCGUCGCCGGCGCGGCGUCGCUCGGCGGGUGGACCAAGAUCGAGCCCGAACACCUCAAGGACCAGGACGUGGCGGAGGCCGCGGCGUUCGCCGUCGACCAGCACAACAGGGAGGGCGCAGAGAACCUGAAGCUGGUGACGGUGGACUCCGGCGAGUCCCAGGUCGUCAACGGCAAGCGCUACAGGCUGAACCUGACCGUCUCCGACGCCGGCAAUGGCGACGCGCUUUCGAAGUACGAGGCGAUCGUCUGGGUUCAUCCCGGCGGCAACAGUCCCAAGGAGCUGACCUCGUUCAAGAAGCAGAAGCCGUGA